AGAGUCCUCUUGUUCCCACUCCUACAUCCUACACAAUUAUUGUUCCGACUUGACUGAAAGUCUCGCAUUCCUCGGCAAGAUUGCAACCCCCUCGGAAAGUACCAUAGGCAUCCGCAUCAAUUUGACCUCCAAGGACCAUGAGCAAUACAUCCGUCCUCCCCAAUUUGUGAAAUCGCCUAACUUCGGACUCUCAAUAUUAUCCCCCACUCCGUUUCUCCCACGAGCUCGUUCUAGUGGCGCAGCGCGGCGAAGGUCCUUAGUCCAUAACUUAGUAUUGCGUCGGACUAUCCACUGUGUUAGCCCGACGCCCCGCCAGGUCACUUUGUUACCACUUCGCCCUCUCCAUAUCUCCGUCAGCGGCCAGUCUCGAGCUUGAUAGAGUAGGCGAGCGGGAGCGAAUCAAUUUUCAUGCCUCUGAAGUCUGACCAGGUUGCCUUCCAGAUAUUUGUUUAAAAGCAGAACCCAUCAAACGCCCAAACUUUCUUCACCCCCUCUUUCCCGCACCACACAGGUCUUCACUUGGAUAUCAUAAAAAUCAGUUACCAUAAUGGCCAACACUACUCCUCCUCCGCCAGCGCUCCUGGAGCUUCUCCCUCCUCUUCUCGCCCACAUCCUAAUUGCGUUUACCUCUCCACAGCCUCCACCAUCACUUUAUCCUCUACUUUCACCAAUCCUGCGGCAACGCCUCCGGUUACUGAGGGUGCCUCCAAGUUCAACUCCUUCCGUAGAGGAGACCUGGCUUUCACUUUUAACCUGGUCUUCCACUGCGGGCCCUAUGCUCUCGGCACACCUCGCUACGCAGGAUUUUGCACCACACCCAGCCUCCGGCGAAUUAGAGUUAGGCGAAAUAGAUUUCAAAGGGUUCCAACAACUGGAUAAGGAAACGAUAAAGGCAUGCGUUCAGCUUCCGGAACGUGGUAUUGAAGCGGUCUACCUAUGGAUUACCAACGACCCAGACGGUGAAGAUGAUGGGUGGAGAAUCAUGGACUUGCAUCUCUCAUCAGAUUCCGAGCAAACCGAAUGGUGCCCAACCGUUCGUGAAGCGGACGAAGCGUUCUACAGCAGAUCCGCAAAGCCUGUGUUACCAGUGACUAACCCUAUCCCAUCAUAUGCAAAUGAUGCCCUAAGAGCCGAUAACGACGACGAUGAUGACGGCUACUGGGAUAUGUAUGAUCGCACCCCUGCUCGGAGCCCCAUGUUGCCUCAAAAAGUGGACCAAAUGGCGGACGAUGAUUACUAUUCACAAUAUGACCACACUCAACCCGCUAUGGAACCAGAGGACUCAUCAGCAAACUCGCCUCUGGAGUACUCACGAUACACUAAUCCUCUCACCAUGCAGCAUUCAUCAUCACAUUCCCCUACAACUGUUUCUUCUACACCGCCUACUGCUAUGUCGGCUUCCUUCCUAAUUGAUAAAGAAGCACUGGCAGGAGUCGUGACACAUGCGCCCUGCCCGGUUUCUGCCGGGCCAUCGUCUUCCUCGGCGGAGAGCUCUGUCGGCAAAUUAGAGGAGGCGGCUGGUCUGACCAUGCAGGCAGAAAUGGGCGUUAAACAACACAUCUCCACCAGCAUCAAGAGCCUGUACAGAUUGUCAAAGAGUGUGGGGAUUUCCAGGGAGGAAUUUGAACGGCUAUUACAGACCGAAAUUGCUUUUCUUGAAAUGAUGGAUGAGGAUGAGUGAACAAACCCGUUUACCAAUCUUCCCCGCGUCACCUUCUUUCCUUUCCCUUUUUUUUCUGAGGGGGAUGGUUCUCUUCUCAGCCUCGCAUCUACAGUAAAUCACGACAAUCUCGUUGGCUUUUAUUUUUCUUCUCUUUUUUUUAUUUUUUUUUUUUUCGUUUAUUUCAUCGGGGGAUUUGAGUUUCUGCCGCCUGCCUGCCGCAAGCCAGGUUCAGGUCAGGCAUUUGCCAGAUACUGGCUUCCUUUUACUUCUACUCCCCUUUUCUCAUAUCCCCCCCCUUCUCUACCACAUUUUCUCUGAUCAUCACAGCAUGUCUAUUUUUUCCCCACCAUACACUUCACCAUUAUCAUCAUCCCAAAUCGGCCAUUUUUUCUUUUCUCGGGGGAAAAAUAUGUAAGUCGGGCGCAGGGCGUUUUUUAGUUUUUUAUGUUCCUUCGUAUCGCACCGUCACAUUGAAUUUGCGGUACGGUAGCUUAUGUAUUUGUACAAUGCUUCUACACUCUCGGAAUUUCAAGUGCUGUAUUAUUAUCAACCAUAUUACAUUUUCUAUUGUCAAUUUGACACAAUUUUUGAAAAGUUGAGCGAUUACUAGAACUGCAGCAUAUUGCACUGAGCGAGCAUGUGAUGGACGGAAUGGCCGAUACCAUACCAUACUGGUACCGGUAUCCCCCCUCUAGGCACUCAACGAAUUUAUUGAGGGUGGGGGAGACGAGCACUUGAUUUUAUUUCUUUUUCACUUCCAGGGGCGGUUGUGCUACAUAUGUGGAAAACGCCGAAGGAGGUCCGACGAGUGAGGGGUUGUGAUUGUUGUGUCUGUGAAAAGGGAACUUGAUGAAAAUUUAAUGACAAUUUUUCCUGA